CCAGAACAACGCUUUGAACAAAAUUAAGAUCUUGAAAAUAUGUUGACAAAAAAUCCGUUGAUUUUAAUUUGCAUGACAUUCCUUUCACAUCGAUUUCUUCACGUUACCGCAAGACCCGACAAUUUUCCAGAUGAUAUUGAAAUAAAUAAAGAAAAAUUUGUGAAUUGGUCGGGAGACAUAGAAAUAGACAAUGUGUGGGUCGCCAGACCUCGUACACAGGAUCAUAUGGUCGACAUUGCCAAUUGGGCCCAUCAAUACGGUAAAAAAGUGCGUGUGAUUGGUUUUCGCCAUUCAUUUGCUCCUAUAGGCGGUGAUCCUCAGAUAAACGUCAAUGAAACUAUCCUAGUCGACCCAACCAAACACCUUACAAAGAUCGAGAAAGCGACGUUUUCGAUUCCAGACAUUCCACUGGUCCUAAAUAUAGAAGCCGGGGCGACGAUGGAAAGUAUUUUGACAUAUGCAGAAGAGUAUGGCGCAUCAUUGUACCAUUGCCCGGCUCCUGGAGAAUUGUCGAUAGCUGGAGUAGUUACAGUCGGUGCGCAUGGAUCUGGUGCUCCACCAUACGGAGAAGAUCUGCCACCAGCCUUCUCCGGUGGAACGGUAAGCAAUGCGAUUGUUUCCCUGAGCGCUGUCGUUUGGAACAGCAUAGCUAACAAAUAUGUUCUGGAAACGUUUGAUCGGAGUCAUCCCGACACGAAGGACAUGAUCAUCAGUUUGGGGAGAAUUCCUUUUACCGGCGUGCAUCUAGGAUUCGGUAAAAAUUACAAUUUGGCAUGCGAUAGUUGUUUUACAAUUAGCAGCGAGGAGCUGUACAAGGAACCAGAAGCUUCUAACGGUCAUGAUACAACAUUUUCCAAAAUCGUUAACGAAACCGGACGAUGUGACAUCCUGUCAUUUGGAACUGAAAAUAAGACUUGGGCCAUGGUUUGGCAGAAUAAAACGAAACAACCGUUUUUGUCCAGGCAUGUAAAAGAUCCGUACAACUUCAUUUUCAACACAGAGUUUCACGUUGAAUUAGCUGAACUCUAUUCGGACGUUUCCGGUGUUGCCGGUCCGCUGGUUUCCCUAUUCGCUCAAACGCAGCAUAAGUUGGCGUUCCUUCUAUCAUUACCUAGUCUUUCCCUUUGGGGUAAGUCUAAAAAUACAAUGUUGUAUGUCAAACCCAAUACCUUGAGAGAGGAUGCCGCCGGCUACGCUGUAAUCACGAAGCGAUCGCAUCUUCAGAAAGUGGUGUCUAUCAUUAACAACAUUUACAAUUCCUGCCUUACCUCAUACCGUAUGAAGAACGAAUAUCCGAUGGCUGGACAUUUGCAAUUCCGAGUCACUGGAGUGGAUCUACCGUAUAUGGGUAGAUUCCAUGUACCAUCAUUGUCGCCGGCUCGUCAAGUUCCUGGCUACGAUAGCCAUGAUAUAGUUCUCUGGGUAGCAUUUACCAGCCAAAGAAAACAACCCGGACUUCAUAGAGCAUUGAGUGACAUUGAAACUCGUAUUUUAAACAAAUUUCCAAUGGUCACCACAAACCCAGAUCCCCUUGCAUUCGUUCGAGUUGAAUGGAGUAAAGGAUACGCUCACACGUCGGAGGGUGGUUGGUUAAAUCAAAAUGUGUUGAAAAAUGUAAUUCCGAGAUCUUUCCCACGGGACGACUGGAAUCGAUUAGUCGCAACAUUGGCUCGUUUGGAUGAGAAAAACAUUUUUAACACCGUUUGGCUGGACAGUCUGCUUCAGCCCUAUUAGGGCUACCGUUAUUUUGUAUCUUAAUGUCUAUGGUAUACCA